CCGGAAGCUGGGGACAGGGGGGCGGAGCCCGGCAGAAGAUGGCGUUCCUGCGCUGUAAGCGAGACCCCUGCGGUGUUAUCUGUCUGAUUUUGACUUAUUUCAGCGUGUUUUACGCAGACUACGUGGUCAUACAGUAUGUGCUUCUCCCAGCCUACACGGACAGUGUGUGGCGCACGCUACACGGAGCAGUGUUCAACCUGAUUCUGCUGCUGCUGCUGGCCUGCCACUCCAAGGCUGUCUUCUCCGACCCUGGUAUUGUGCCUCUUCCUGAGACCGCCAUAGACUUCUCAGACCUUCGCUCCCAGUCGUCUCGGAUGAAUGACCGGGGCUGCGAAGGCUGGACGGUGUGCAGUCGCUGUGAAACCUACAGACCUCCCAGAGCGCAUCACUGCCGCGUCUGCCAGAGGUGUAUACGCCGCAUGGACCAUCACUGUCCCUGGAUCAACAACUGUGUCGGAGAGCUGAACCAGAAAUAUUUCAUCCAGUUUCUCUUCUACACCAGCAUGGCCAGUCUGUACUCCAUGGUGUUGGUGGUGUCGGCCUGGGUGUGGCGGAUAAGGAACGAGCGAGAAGGAGACGCAGAGAAAGAAGGAGAGGAGACGCCCAGCAAGCACCUGAUAGUCGCUCACUACAUCAUCCUCCUGGUGGAGUCGGUGUUGUUUGGUGUGUUUGUCAUGGUCAUCUUCUACGAUCAGUUGGUCUCCAUAAUCACAGACGAGACUCCCAUAGAGCAGAUGAGGAACAGGCUGAUGAUCAAGGACAGAGGCUCUUCAGCGUCCUCCUCUUCCUCCUCCGCCUCCUCUCAGCUGCCUCACCACCCUCCACACACCCGCAAACCAAAGCUCGCUCUGCUGCGGGAGGUUUUCGGACGAGGUUCGGUCUUUUGCUGGCUUCUUCCUCUCCACUCCAGCCCUCCAUCGGUCGGCGGCAUCAUCUACUCCGCCCUGCCCGACUACGACGUCUGACCUUUGACCUGUGAGGGCGGGAAAAGGAUGGAGAGAAAGGUUUUGUGUGAGAGAGAGAUAGUGAAUUUUCGGCCUGACUACGAUGUCUUAUCUUUAUCUUUGGACCUGAGUGCUGAAGAGGAAGGAGGAUGAAGGCCAAGGUGAAUGAAUGAAUGAAUGAAUGAAUGAAUGAAUGAGUGAAUGAAAUGUGUGUGAUUUUAUCCCCCAGGACCUAAAAGAGUUCAGCCUCAGACCCCCGACUCAUGAAUUUCUCUCCCAUCAUGAGGGAAGAGCUCCGGCAGUCCCUGUUUUGUCUCGAUCUGUAGUUUAACUACCAGCGUUGUUUCAUUAUUUUGUGGAGGCCCCUUGUGAACACUGGGGUUUGACUGAUGUGGGUUUAACAAGGCUGAUAUGCAUUUUGUUUUACACCAAAGCUGCUGAUAUUGGAUACACUUGACACAUUCUGUACAUUCGCGCCAGAUUUACUAAGAAAAUGGGGCCACUGGGAUAAUAUGGGUGGAUUUAAUAACAUAGUGAUCCUCCAAAACAAUUACUUCAGCUAUCUUGUAAUGUAAACAAAAGUGACAAAUAUUUUUUGUAUUCCCUCGUGGUUCGGAUCCGCCCCAAAAUGUAAUAGGUUCUUCAUUGGCCCAUGCUACACCCGUAGUUUUUUUUCCAUUAUCCUGCUGACAGACAGACAACCAACCUGAAACAUAAUCUCCUUGGCGGAGGUAAUAAGGAUAAAAACACACCUUGCCAACACAUGCUAAAAUGCAGCAAAAUGUGCCUAAUUAGAUCUGGCCCUCUGUGUUUUCUCCAGAAAAACAUUCUUGUCUGAGCCAAAAGCCUCUGAAAUAACAUUUAGGCCUUCAUGAGACACCAAAACUGUCCAAUGGAAACUCCAGUGAUGCUAAUAAUGGUACACAUUAUGCAAGAACAUGUAUGCAUAGAUGUGAGAAAGGGGACAGUAAGACUCGUCUCAGUAUCCUUCAUGUCAGUCAAACCCCAGUGCAGUCUGUUUAUGAUUCUCUGUUUGAGGGAGCUGACUUCUGGUCAGUAUUUAUGCUCGCAGACGUUUUCUCGUCAGUUCUUUUGACUUGAACAAGCAUUAGCCUUCAACCAUCAACUAAAAGCUACUAAAGGAGGUCAAACUGCCCUUUUGGUUGUUCAACUGUGAAAGAUACAUUUGCCCCAAAACUAGUUUGUUACUGAAUUAUUAUUGUUUGUAAUUCUCUUUUUAUUUUUAGUAGAAUUAAAUUCUUUUCCCCCAGGUAAUAUUCGAGCCAAGCUUUAAAUAGUUACUUGGGAUUUAUACAAACACCAAAGGACAUAAUAGGUCAGUGUAUUUUCUAUUAUUUUUAUUUAUUUUUGUUCUCAAGUCAACCACUUGAGCUCAAGCUAUUGAUUAGACGAUGACAACAAGUCACAUUUCUUUAACAAUAUUUAUGUUAUCCACUAACAUUUAAUUUCCACGAGAUGGAAAACAAAAACUACCUACCUGUCCUCCACUACAUCCUGCGAGUUAAUACUACCAAACUGGUACAGUAGAUAUAAUAGGAACAAAUAAGAUGCGUUCAUGUGGUGCCUCGGGGUUCGUAAGCUAACAGGAAAUGGAGAAUGCCCACAAGAGAUUCUGUUUGUGUUUGCUUUUUUUUUUCUCUCAUUACUGUGUUUUUGAAGAAGUUUGAUGUGCUAAGUAACUUAACUAAACCUACAGAUUUACACACACACACACACACACACACACACACACACACACACAAACAGGCUGUGAUUUGAGAUUUAAAAAGGGGACAUGUAUAGUUUACUGUCUGUCUUUAAAUAAUUAUAUUUUUAACCUUGGAGAGGAAAGUAAUAUUUUGUGUCAUUCGUUCCCCAUCAAAUCACACAUACACACACACACACACACACACACACACACACACGGAGUACACUUGUCAGUAUUCUGCUAAAUCUCAGUAAAGGGACGAUUCUUAACUUAUUUAUUGUUUCUAACUAUUCCGUGGAGUUAACUCUACCAAUAACUGUGGAUUUUUAUGUGACGGGUGAAGUUGCCUUUCCAUACUGAUUUGCUGCUGUACGAACAGUAAUAUGUUUGCAGCGGUGAACCAAAGCUGAUUGAAGGUAAACCAACAGCUACUUUUCCCCACACUUCUGUAUCUGGUUUGUUACUUCCAUAUUUACAGUUAGACGCUGUUAAAGCCAACAAUGGAAGCUCGUUCCAAAUAAUUUUUGGAUGGCAACUUUUUGACGGCUCAUGUUUCAAACCCUGAGCCAAACCCUGAGCUGCCUUUUAACUGACAGAACAUGUCUCUAGACCUCUAUUUUAAAAGCUGGACAUGUGGCUAGUAGUGGUGUAAGGAUUCUCCAAAUCCACAGUUUGUGUCAGACCUCGGUUUUUUUUUGGGUGGUGUGUGAAUAUGUAAAAACAGGGGGGAAAUGUUCUGGUUUUUAUUAAAUCAACUACAAGAAGACUUAAGGAUACUGAGGUAGAUUAACGUUAUGAAUGAACAUCACGUACGUGAACUAAAUAAAGAGAACCAGUCUACACAUUAGACACAUUUACACUGUAAAUUGAAAAGUGUCCUAAAAACGCAGACGCAAAGGCAACUUCACCCGUCCGCAUGUUUUUAUGUAUGUAUAUAUAGUAUUUCUGUGUUUCUGUGUCUGGGAUGAACAUUAUGACAAGUGCUUCAGUGGAUUUAAUGAACUCUAUUUUAACAAAUGUCCCUCAGAUGUUACAAUACUGCCAGUUGGGAGAUGAUGUUUCCUCUGAAAAGCCCUUUUUUUCUUGAAUUAUGUGACUUAAAUCACACGGAGUGAUCUGCCUUUUUUUAUUGUACUUUCAGAUGUUUCAAGAAAAGCAAGUUACUGCUAUUUACCGAUAAUGACUCUUAAUCAAACUCUUUUUUUAAAAGAUGUCUCUUAACAAAGUAAGUGUAAACUUUGGAGAGAUGUUAGCAGCGGUAAAGAGAGGCAUGCAGUGCUGUCAUAGGGUUUGUAAUGAUGCAUUCACACUCUUCAGAACAGUUGUGUUUCGUACAUCAGGCUCUGGUGGUGUUGUGUUACAGGGUUUUUUGUACUGUAAUUAGACAAAACUAAAUGUAUUCCCAUUGCUUUGUUUUUGAGUUUAACUUAAUUUUACUUACUUGAUUGCUCCAUAGGGCUGGGAUCGACACCCAUGUAUCGUAAAGGAAUCGAAUCGGGACAAAAGGGUGCCGAUUCGAUUUGUAUUGCGAUUUUCAUUUAUUGC